AUGUUUAGUCUCUCACUUUUGACUAGAUUCACCGAGAGACCCACCAAACCCCCGAAGCUCUCAGCCUCCUCCCCUUUCUUCCCCCCUCAUCCACCAAGGCCACCAUUGCCACCGCCCACGAAGCUCCAGCUUACAGCAGCGCUCCUCAUUCGCGUUAAACACAACGAACCUAACCCUAAUCAAUCAGGUCAGCCACCCACCAAACCCCCGAAGCUCUCAGCCUCCUCCCCUUUCUUCCCCCCUCAUCCACCAAGGCCACCAUUGCCACCGCCCACGAAGCUCCAGCUUACAGCAGCGCUCCUCAUUCGCGUUAAACACAACGAACCUAACCCUAAUCAAUCAGGUCAGCCACCCACCAAACCCCCGAAGCUCUCAGCCUCCUCCCCUUUCUUCCCCCCUCAUCCACCAAGGCCACCAUUGCCACCGCCCACGAAGCUCCAGCUUACAGCAGCGCUCCUCAUUCGCGUUAAACACAACGAACCUAACCCUAAUCAAUCAGGUCAGCCACCCACCAAACCCCCGAAGCUCUCAGCCUCCUCCCCUUUCUUCCCCCCUCAUCCACCAAGGCCACCAUUGCCACCGCCCACGAAGCUCCAGCUUACAGCAGCGCUCCUCAUUCGCGUUAAACACAACGAACCUAACCCUAAUCAAUCAGGUCAGCCACCCACCAAACCCCCGAAGCUCUCAGCCUCCUCCCCUUUCUUCCCCCCUCAUCCACCAAGGCCACCAUUGCCACCGCCCACGAAGCUCCAGCUUACAGCAGCGCUCCUCAUUCGCGUUAAACACAACGAACCUAACCCUAAUCAAUCAGGUCAGCCACCCACCAAACCCCCGAAGCUCUCAGCCUCCUCCCCUUUCUUCCCCCCUCAUCCACCAAGGCCACCAUUGCCACCGCCCACGAAGCUCCAGCUUACAGCAGCGCUCCUCAUUCGCGUUAAACACAACGAACCUAACCCUAAUCAAUCAGGUCAGCCACCCACCAAACCCCCGAAGCUCUCAGCCUCCUCCCCUUUCUUCCCCCCUCAUCCACCAAGGCCACCAUUGCCACCGCCCACGAAGCUCCAGCUUACAGCAGCGCUCCUCAUUCGCGUUAAACACAACGAACCUAACCCUAAUCAAUCAGGUCAGCCACCCACCAAACCCCCGAAGCUCUCAGCCUCCUCCCCUUUCUUCCCCCCUCAUCCACCAAGGCCACCAUUGCCACCGCCCACGAAGCUCCAGCUUACAGCAGCGCUCCUCAUUCGCGUUAAACACAACGAACCUAACCCUAAUCAAUCAGGUCAGCCACCCACCAAACCCCCGAAGCUCUCAGCCUCCUCCCCUUUCUUCCCCCCUCAUCCACCAAGGCCACCAUUGCCACCGCCCACGAAGCUCCAGCUUACAGCAGCGCUCCUCAUUCGCGUUAAACACAACGAACCUAACCCUAAUCAAUCAGGUCAGCCACCCACCAAACCCCCGAAGCUCUCAGCCUCCUCCCCUUUCUUCCCCCCUCAUCCACCAAGGCCACCAUUGCCACCGCCCACGAAGCUCCAGCUUACAGCAGCGCUCCUCAUUCGCGACCCAGCAUCGCUCCUCAUUCGCCACCCAGCAGCGCUCCUCAGCAGCCGCGGCCACCACCGCGUAGCCCGCCUCCUCGUCGCCGAACCUCGACGAGCUCGCCGAGCCCGCCUCGCAUUUGCCGGUAAGACUGAUUUUGCUUGUCUUCUUGAUUUUGAACAUGCUUCCUUCUAG